AUGAGCUUAGUUCACGUGACUUGGGGUGGGGUUUGGUUUUCUGUUCCUUUUUUUUUAGUCUUUUGUUUUGAUUUUCUGGUGUAUGUGGAUUCUUCGAAAUCUACACCAACCACACAUAACUGCAAAAUGAGUCUUAGAUAUAAGUUAUCCCCCUAUAAUAUAGCACUACUAUUAUACCCGACAGUAUACAUUGGAUCAAUUCCCCUCACAUUGUUGCUCAAACAGUAUAACCAGUACAUUGGACAGAUAUUUUUUGUGAGAUUUUUAGAACAGUACCUUGUCAGUAAUAAUGGUUACUUGUGGUUUACUACAUUAUACUGGUUAGUAGUUGUGUUCACUGCAUACUUACCAAACAGAAACAGGGACUUCCUUAUUUUUUAUACCAAGAUAUAUUUGAUUAAUACAAUUUGGAUUGUGGUUUUGCUAGAAUGGUUUUUUGGAUCCCCAAUUUUUGAGCGAAUAAGCGUUAUUGCCGGCGCCACUUGCUCCAUUCGUGGCAUAUACAGAGAGUAUGCGUGUAAGCAAAGUGGUGGAGUAUGGACUGACCCGUUUGAUAGCUCUAGCCAUUAUACCUAUUUAAUUUCCAGCAGUUUAUUGAUAUGGCAUUUAUUUUUGAAUCAUGUAACGUGGAUAUCUGGAUACUUUCCAAAACAUGUGAUCGAUCUAGAAAAUAGUACGCAUUAUGCUGCACCCAAUAGCAUCACAGUCAAUGAUGUGAAAAUGGACCUGAAUCGAAUAUUUCGAACAAUUAUCGAAGUCAUAGCAGUUUUCAUAUUGAUCAUGUGGUUUAUACUGUACACAAUCACUUCAGUAUUUUUCCAUACAAUACCUGAGAAAUUUGUGGGUUUACUAUGUGGUCUAUUUGUUCCUAUAGUAUUAAAGUAUAUUAAAUAA